AUCUGCAGUUCUCCCGGCAGGGGGCGCUGCUCACCGUCCUGGGCCUGGCUACACGGGACGCCCAGGCAGCCCGUGCCCUUGGGAGCAGACAGGCUGGGCUUCGGGCUCCCUGCUAGCAACUGAAAUCUUAACAUGACAAUGACUCCAUUACGGGGGGCUGAAUUAGUCCAGAAGCCUUUGCAGUUAUACCGCUACCUGCUUCGAUGUUGUAAGGAGCUACCUACAGAAAAUAUCCAACAGCAUUACAGACAUGCAAUCAGACAGAGUUUCCGAGUUCAUGCAGAUGAGGACAGUCCUGAGAGAAUCCAGCAGAUUAUUAAGCGAGCCAUUGAAGACGCUGACUGGGUCAUGAAAAAAUAUAAGAGAGAGAAGUAGAAAGAAGGAGAUGAAGAGAAGAUGCUCAUCAGUACAGGUCCUCAGACAGAGUCCAGGCAAAUAAACCCAGUUGUUUGUAACAGUGCCAUGUUGUAAACUGUACGGGCAGCUUCUCCUGGUUUGUUGGCUUGUUAUAAUACCUACCUCACCGGGGUGUCAUGAGACUAAUUCAUCUUUCUGAAGCUCUUUUUUACUAUAGAAUGAUCUCAAAAACAAAGAAACCUUGGCUAAGCUUCUCCAUUGUUUUUUUGGCUGGGGAGAAUGGGGGAGGAGGGAGGGAAGGUGGGAAGCAGAGAGGGAUUUCAGAUCUAUGUUUUGGAUUGUUUCAUGCUGGCUGCUGAGGCCCCUGUCCUGCUAGUGGAUAUUACUGCAACAUCAGAGCCUAAGAUUAGAUCAAGAUCUAAAAUGCAUCAAAGUUUUGUAGGGUUGGGGUUUUUAUCUACUGUUUAUAAAUAAUAGCCGGACCCAAACAAACAAUCUUUUCUUUUUUUUUUUUAAAUGAAUAAUCACAAUCCUGCACCACUGUUGUAAAUCAGUGGCCUGUCAGGAGGUGAAUACAUUGGAUACCUGCAUUUGCUCCAGACUGAAGAAAUAGGGCAAUCUACCGAUUACACCAAGGAAAUUCAAAGUCUAGCUCUUUACUAGUUCUAAUAACCUGGCUCAGUACAUGCUGCCAAGAGUAAGUGUGUGUGCCCUCACUUACACCCGCCAGUGGGGGAGGCUUACAUGCAUGUAACUGAUGGCAAAAUAAUUGGCCCCGGGGUAUCUAAGAUUCUCUUCACCCACCCACCUCAGUGAAAGCAGACAGAAGCUGCUUCUGCCAUGCAGAGACAGGAAAACAAAGGAAGGAUGGAACUUCUCUGCCUUGUGGGUUUGUUGUGCCCUGCUAAAUUAUGUGAAUGCCCUUUUUUGAUGGUUGCUUUUAGUUAUCCUCAAUGUUUCUACAAAUUUCCCUUAAGUUUGACAAACAGGAACCUGACUUUGCAUGGUCAGAGCGGUUACACUGACAUGUCUCACCUAACUAGUACUUGGAAGUUGGGAGAGAGAUAUAAAUUUUAUUUAAUACCUAUGGGGAAAAAUAAAACAAACACUGUAUGAACAAGAUGCAUUUGUAUCAGCCUUGCCUUUGUAUAUUUGCAGUAUAAGACAGCGGAAAGUAUUGUGUUUUGAAGUGUAAUACAGAUUAAGUAAUUUCUUGAUAAUAAGCACACAUUAUGGCAUUGAAAAUCAUUGGCAUACAUGCUGUGUUAUGGACAAAAGAUCACGAGACUCUUGCACCAGACAGUUUAACAUGUGACCGAGCAUAAAUAUAUAUGAUUUAAGAUGGAACUGACUGACAGACACCCACUGUAGGCCAUAGCAAACUCUUGGUAGACUGAUAGAUUUCAGUGCGGGUUGGAUUGGACACAUGGGCCCUGAUUCAGCAAAGCAUGUAAGUAUUAUAUUAACUUUAAGCCGAUUGAUCCAUGUUCAGCAAUGAACUGCUUAAAUUCUAGUGGAUGUAAGUAUACUGAGGCUCCAGUUCAGCAUAGCACUUAUGGGACUGCGCACAUGCUUAAAUGUUAGUACUGUACACGGUCAGCUGCCUUGCUGGAUCAAACCACCAGAGAGAUGAUGUGGGUGUUAAUCCUUUAGUCCUAAUCUCUAGUUUUGGGGAGAACACAGUCUGUUCAGUUAGGUGUGUGUCUGUGCACACCGGGCUACUGUGUGAGGCAGUGCACAAUAAUACAACAUAGUAUAUUUCACAGUACAGCCAAUUUAUAAAGGGCUUUGCAGUUUACUUAUUUUAACAUGCUGUAAGUGUUUCCUUAUGAAAACAGCCUCCUAAGGGUCUUAAAAAGCUGGCCUCCUCCUAUUGCCAUCAGAUAAGCCUCCUAUGGAGGAAGCACAUGAGAAAAGCCAAUUGUCUUAAAUAAAAAUGUUUAUUUGAAGCAA